AUGCUUAGCACGCGGACGGGGAGGUUAGACGUCCGCGCAUGCGCAGUAGCACUUUUGGGCCAUAUUGGAAUGAGGUCGUGAACGUAACGAAGGCGGAAAAAAAGAGACACGGCAUCUAUUAAAGGAAGAAAAAAACUCCGUGGAGACGCUGUGAGAUACGGUUACAAAAUGAACCAAGAUGUGCUGGAGUCCGAGGUGGACUCUGGUCAGGACGCGUCAGAGUUUAACUGGGACGAUUAUCUGGAGGAGACGGGAGCUCUGUCCGUACCUCACCAUGCCUUCAAACAUAUGGAUCAAGGCCUGCAGACGGGUCUGACUCCCGGUAUGAAGCUGGAGGUUUUGGUGCGUGGAGAACCCGACAGCGCUUACUGGGUGGCCACCAUCAUCACCACCUGCGGCCAGCUGCUGCUGUUACGAUACGAAGGCUACAACGACGACCGGCGUGCCGACUUCUGGUGUGACGUUAUGACCGCUGACCUGCACCCCAUCGGCUGGAGCAGGCAGCACAGUCGGCCCAUGAGACCGCCUGAGGGCGUACGAGAGAAGCAUCAGGACUGGGAGUCCCUGCUGGAGAAAUCUCUGUCAGAAUCCUGCAGCGCACCGGCCAACCUGCUAGAAGGGGCUCAGCGAGGCUGCAACCCUGUAGACCUGCUGACUCCAGAUCUCAGCGUAGAGCUGGUGGAUAAAGAGGAUGCCGGUGUGGUCUGGGGCGCAGUGAUAGAGGACAACGUCGGGGGGCGACUCCGUCUCCGCUACGCUGGCACGGAAGGACUCCCUGAUACAUACUCAGUUACCUGGAUCUUCUACCUAAACCCCAUGCUUCACCUCCCCGGCUGGGCCAAAGAACACGGCUGCACCCUCAGUCCUCCAUCAGUUUUGCUACCGUUGCGGACUAAAGAAGAAUGGGAGGAAGUGAGACAGGCCAUUGCUAAUCAGCCACAGGAUUCGAGUAUUAGUGAGGAGUUUUAUAAGGAUCGUCCAGCCAUCAUUCCUCACUGCUUUACUGAAGGGAUGAAGCUGGAGGCAGUAGAUCCGAUUGCGCCUUUCACCAUCAGUCCUGCUACUGUUGCCAAGGUUUUCAAUGAUCAGUUCUUUCUGGUCCAGAUGGAUGAUAUGAGCGAGGAAACCGAUAAAAAAGGAGGAAGCAGAUUGUUUGUGUGUCACAGGGACAGUCCUGGAAUCUUUCCUGCUCAAUGGAGUUUCAAGAAUGGAGUAAAGCUCAGUCCACCACCAGGGUACCAAGGACAGGACUUUGACUGGGCUGAUUAUCUGAAACAGUGUGAGGCUGAGCCAGCCCCACAACACUGCUUCCCCUCUGACCCCUCUGAUCAGUGCUACAAGGAGUCCAUGAUGCUGGAGGCCAUUAAUCCUGUUUGCCCUCAAAACAUUCACGUAGCCACAGUCACCAAGGUCAAAGGACAACAUAUCUGGAUUAGACUACAAGGCGUGAAACAACCUGUUCCAGAGAUCAUAACUCACAUGGACUCCAUGGACAUAUUCCCUGUUAGCUGGUGUGAAACGAAUGGCUACCCACUUCAGUACCCCUGCAAACCCAAAGUCGAAAAGCAGAAGAAAAUCGCCGUCGUUCAACCAGAGAGGCACAGAAUGCCAGUUAAAGACUCCUCCCCUGAUGCCCUCAAACAGCCUCUGAACAGCCAGACAGAGAUGAGUCAAGCCAAUGGGAAGUACAGCUGCCCCAAGAUCUACUUUAACCACAGGUGUUUCUCCGGGCCGUACCUCAAUAAGGGCCGCAUCGCCGAGCUGCCCCAGUGUGUGGGGCCGGGCAACUGCGUCCUGGUGCUCAAGGAGGUGCUUUCUCUGCUGAUAAACUCUGCCUACAAGCCCAGCCGUGUGCUCCGUGAGCUCCAGCUGGAUCAGGAGGGACGCUGGCAAGGUCAUGGAGAGAUUCUCAAAGCCAAGUACAAAGGGAAGAGCUACAGGGCGACAGUGGAGAUAGUUCGCACUGCGGACCGCGUGGCUGAGUUCUGCAGAAGAACCUGCAUUAAGCUGGAGUGCUGUCCGAAUCUGUUCGGGCCGCGCAUGGUGCUGGAGCGCUGCUCGGAGAACUGCUCCGUGCUCACCAAAACCAAAUACACAUAUUACUACGGAAAGAAGAAGAGUCGACGUGUAGGUCGUCCGCCAGGAGGCCACUCCAACAUGGAGGCGGGCGUGAAGAGACGAGGCAGGAGAAAGAAGAGAAGGAAGCAGCUGUUCGUCCACAAGAAGCGACGCUCGUCCGCCUCCGUAGACAACACACCCGCGGGGUCUCCUCAGGGAAGUGCUGACGAGGAAGACCUGGAUGAAGACGACUCGUUGAGCGACGACAGCGGCUCCGAGCAGGACGAAUUGAUGGAAGAUUCCGAGUACUCGGAAAAGAAAUCGCAGCCCCCGACACCCUCACCCUCUCCUCCUGAAACACCCCGGCCCACUCACCGACGCCGCAAAGCUCGCUCUCCUUCGUACUCGGAUGACGAGAACAGACCUCCUUCACCAAAAUGUCCUUUUCCUGAGGCUCCUCAGAAGCUGUGCUUGGACAGCAGUCCCUUGGAGUGGAGCGUUACAGACGUGGUGCGUUUCAUCAGGACCACAGACUGUGCUCCGCUCGCACGCAUAUUCAUGGAUCAGGAGAUUGACGGACAGGCCCUGCUGCUGCUGAACCUGCCCACUGUGCAGGAGUGUAUGGACCUGAAACUCGGUCCCGCCAUUAAGCUGUGCCACCACAUCGAGAGGGUCAAACUGGCAUUUUACCAGCAGUUUGCUAGCUGAGAGCAGCAGGAUGAGACAGCGUGAGGGGAAGAGGAUUUAGUUUUAUUUCUCAUUGUGUGUAUGUGUUCUUUGAGUUUUGUUCAACAUAGAAAUAAGCUACUGAAGGGGAAUUUGUGGUGUGAAAAAUCAGUGGUGUUUGUCACAAAGCUCUGCUCCGACUGAACUUGCAUCAUGGGUGAUGUUACCAGUUUCAUCAGUCGAGUUAAUGAUCGGUCUUGGAAGUGUUUCCUUAGGCUCAAGCGAGCUGUUUGUUUUUCAAACCUUUAAUAAUCGUGGAGCGGACGACAAUGCAAGAAUCUUAAGCACAAAGACCAGUUGGCCGUGUAUAGUAAGUUGUAUGCAAACAUGUACAUAGUAGUUUUGUCUGUAUAUAAGUGUAAAUAACAGAUUUAUCCCUUUAUUGGGAUUAAAGGUCCCAGUUCUUUCAAUCCACCAAUGUUUGAAUAUUACACUGUAAGUAAACUCCAACAUUCAAUCGUUUUCAUACCCGGUAUUUGGUUUUGCAGUAGGAUUUUUUAUAAAUGCUACAAGCACUGUUUUAUUUAUUUAUUUUUUUCCCUCCCCCAAGCUUGAAACCCAUGUUUCACUGCAUUUAACAUUAAAAUUACAUUUAAUGUAAUAUAACAAUGUUAACGUGAUUCAUGUUGUGGUUAGUAUUCAAGCACACAGAGGAUUCAGGUUAUUGUAUAAAAAUUUGGGAUGAUCCAUACAAUUCUGAAAUAAAGUAUGCAAGUCUAGAAUCGGUUGCAACGUGUAAAGCUUUGGCUACAAGCACUGCGUUUGUAUUCGUACUUCGGGGAACCUCGCUUUGAUUUUGACGUUGCGUUCUGUCUCCAAGCAUUCGUGCUAAAAAUGGUGAAUUUUUGCAAGCAUAUUAUCUGUGUGUCUUCUUUUCAUGUUUGAAUUCUGUUCCUGUUUUUUUUUUUUUUUUUGGUUCAGUUUGGUAAAAAAAAAAAAACAAGAAAUAAAAAAACAUUUGAAUUAAUGUUAAUGUUAAUUUUACAUUGAAAUUGUAUAUGUUUGUGAAAUGUUAUUUAAAAGAAAAUAAACUAAACUGGAGCUAAUGGUUUGUCUCAUUCAGAAUAAUGGGUGCUGUAAAUAAAUUUCAGAAUUACUCGA